CUGUGAUCUCAUAGUUAUAUUAUAACGAUUAAAAUAAGUCAACGAAUAUUCCUUGCAAGAAUCGAACAACUUUCCCGUACGAGCACACAAAAUAAAGUGAAGCGCGUGAAAGUGCAUCGUAAAAAGAGACUCGAAUACGUUUGCGCUGACUUUGAGAAGCCACAGCGUAAAAAUAUUUCCUGGGAAAUAAACAUCUGUUAUAUUUCCUUCGGCGUCAAAUCGAUCGCUCUUGAAUUAUUGAUAUCCCCUCUUGCAAAAAUAUCAACUUACGCGCUCUCAUCUAGUAUUUUGUGCCAUCUUACAUUAUCCCCAUACAUUUAUACCAAAUUAAAUAAUUUUAUGCUAUUGUAUUAUGCAUGCAUAAAGGAGAGGAAGAGGGUCCUAAAACAUUCUCUCAACUUAUUAGGAGAAAGGGACGCGAAAUAUUUCGUAGUUUGAAUACUCGCAGAAUGGCGGUUGAUAUCGUAUUACAAUAUUUUAAUCUUAACCGAAUUCUAUUACUAACAGUUGGUUUGUGGCCUUACCAGCGGACAAAACUUGUUGAAUUUCAAUUCUGCUUAUUUUUUGGUAUCCUUGUUAGUUUCAUUGCAGUUCAACUUAUGUCGUUAUUAAUUUUAGAAUGUACCAUCAGUUUGGUUAUUAAAAUUUUAUCCCCUGCACUAUUUUUCACGAUGUUUGCGAUUAAAUAUAGCUCGUUUAUAAUUAAUGCAAGUUCUGUGAAAUAUUUAAUGGAACAACUUCAACAUAUUUGUAAUAAUCUGAAAGAUGAGAACGAAGUUGCUAUUGUGAAAAACUACGCGAAUAAAACCAGAACUUAUACAGCUUCAAUUAUAUUAUAUACCGUAUGCAAUCUCCUUAUAUUCAUUUUGCUGCCAGUUCUACCGACAGCUGCUGGUAUUAUUCUAUUUAUAAAUGAAUCUCAACUACAUCAUACGGUAUACAUUAUGACUGAAUACUUUGUUGAUCGAGAGAAGUAUUUUUAUUUAAUCUUACUACACAUGGACGUAGCCGUUUGUAUAGGAGCUAUUGCUGUAAUAAGUACUGCGACAAUGUUGAUAGGAUAUUGCAAAUAUAUCUGCGCAAUGUUUAAAAUCUCCAGCUACCGUAUCAAGCAUGCAGUGCUUGAUGCUGAAAGCUUUCAUUGGCGGAACGCAGACAUGAUUCAUAAGAAAAUCAAAUGUGCCGUAGAUAUUCAUCGCAAAGGAAUGGAGUUUGCCUCAUUUCUAAUAUCCAGGUUUGAUUGGUUAUUCUUCCUUCUAGUUGCUGUUGGUGUGUUAUCCUUAAGUCUGAAUCUGUUUUGCCUGUUUCAGACAAUAUCCUUAGAAUAUGGUGUGGAAGAAUUUAUAAUUCACUUUGUUUAUGUAUCUAUUAUUCUUGUAUAUAUGUUCCUAGCCAAUUAUAUCGGACAAGAAGUCACAGAUCGUUAUAAUUAUAUAUUUGUUACUGCGUAUACCGUUCAGUGGUACAAGACACCGCUAUACGUACAACGGCUGAUACUGUUUAUCUUACAAAGAGGUAAUAAAACUUUUGGGUUAAAAGUUGGUGGGCUAUUUACAGGAUCCAUUGAAUGCUUCGCUACUAUAAAGUUUUUACUGGAGCAACUGCAACAUAUUUGUAAUCAAUUGAAAGACGAAAACGAAGUUGCUAUUAUAAAAAAAUACGGGAACUACGCAAAACAAUAUGCAGCUAUUUUUACAUCAUUUACCAUGUGCAGCAUGUUUACCUUUAUGUUAUUACCAUUCUGGCCGCGUCUUUUAAAAAUUGUUUUGCUCAUAAACGAGUCUCAAACACUUGGCAAAUUGCAAAUUACAACUGAAUAUUUUAUUAAUCAAGAACAAUACCUUUAUCUAAUUUUGCUGCACAUAGAUACAGCUGUUUGGAUAGGAUCAGCUACGUUAGUAGGAACAGGAUUGGUGAUUAUAGAAUAUUGCAAACAUAUGUGUGGAAUAUUUAGUAUUGCUAGUUAUCGCAUCCAGCAUGCAAUGAGCAUGCUCGAAAAUAUUAGCCUAGAGAAUGAAAUUAGAAUGUACAAGGAAAUGACUUACGCCAUUGACAUUCACUGCAAAGCUAUGAAGUAUUCCGAGUUUUUAAUAUUCUCUUUUGAACGCACAUUCCUCCUUUUAGCAAUGAUUAUUGUUAUUACCUUGAGCUUGAAUCUUUUCGGGAUUUUUCAGAAUAUGUUACUUCGAGAUGAUAUAGAAACACUUAUACUACAUGUUGUAAUAACAAGCAUUCUCUUUAUAAUGUUAUUCCUAAUUAAUUAUACUGGACAAGAAAUCACAGAUCACAGUAAUUACGUGCUGUCUACUGCAUAUAAUGUUAACUGGUAUAUAGCACCAUUACGUAUACAGAAGCUAAUAUUAUUUUUGUUGCAAAGAGGUUGCAAAAUUUUUAACCUAAAAAUCAUCAACUUGUUCGUGUUAUCUAUGGAGUGUUUUGCCACACUAACGAAAGCAUCGGUAUCUUAUUUUACUAUUCUAUAUUCUAUGCAGCAAUAAUGCGCAUAUAGAAUAUUGCUAGAAUGUUUGUCAUAUUAUAAUAAUAACCGAAUAAAAAUUGUAAAAGUUCGGUGCGCGCUGUAGAGCACAAUUAGAUAUUAGAUAUUAGAUAUUUAAUAGGACAAAGGAUACUACUUACAGCUUGUAGACUGAAGCUCACCAUAAUAUGCGAUUAAAAAUUUAAAAGGACUAACUCAACCGUCACUUACGAGUGCACGCACCAGACUGAAGCACAUUGAAAGGAGUCGCCGCGAAGGGCAGCGGACGCGCCUGCGUAGUUUGUGUGGUGGGCGACCCUUUUAUGCGUAUUUCUCUAUAGAAACGAACAUACUUGAAAAAUUUAUGCUAUAGUGUCGAAUCGAUCGUUUGGCUAUACACCUUUUCCAGAAAGUGUUAUAUUAUGAACCGAGUGACCUCAUGAUGAUAUUUCAUGUUGUGCUUUGCGAUGCAUUUAUAUUAAAUUAAAUUUAACCACAUUAUGUCAAAGUAUAAACAAAUUAUAUGAACUUAUUUCAAAUUAUAUCAAGGUAUAUAUUAGAAAAAAAUUCUAAAGUAUUCCGUCAACCCUUUGGCAGAGAGCGGACAAAUUUUGAUCAACUAACAGCAACUGCAGUCAAACACAUCUCAAUUGUCGCAACAUGAUCUGUAUUAAAACCGAGUAUUUUAAUCUGAACCGCAUUCUGUUGCUCGCAGUUGGCCUAUGGUCUUAUCAACAAUCAAUUGUUCAAUUUCAAUUAUUCGUAUUCAGCAGUAUUUUGAACAGCUAUAUUAUAUUUCAAGUACGAUUAGAUUUUUAUGGGAUCAUGAAAAAAUUUGUUUGUUUCACCUUUGCAUUUUUUGAAAAAUGUAGAUACAGAUAACCAUGCCAAUGCAAGAAAUUUAAUGAUUGCAGCUUUUAUCCUUUCUAACUGCAGAAUGUACUCCUGACUUUAUUAUUUCAGUUCUUUCACAUGUAUCGCUUUUAACUGUUACCACUAUUCAUUAUAAUGCGUUCUGGAUUAAUAUAUCUACAGUAAGUUAAGCUGUUUAAAUACACGUAAUAAAUGAAUUGUUGUAACUGAUAUUUGUUUUUAAACUUUAUAAUAAUAAAUAACGUAAUAUAUUAGUAAUAGAUUAGAUACUUAUUGGAUCAACUUCAGGAUAUCUAUAAUAAAGUGAAAGACGCAAAUGAAAUUGCCA